GGGGGGUGACAUUAGCUCUGAAAAAUGCGACCGGUUUUAAUGUAAUUUUUUCCCUGUUUUCGUACACAUUUCGCGAGAUAUCUCCAAAAUUACGUAGGUUGCCAAUUUAGGGUUUUCGGUUUCCUCUUCGUUAUUAAAUUGGCUUUUAUCUUGUAUUAGUAUUUUUUGCUAAUUCAAUCUACAAUGACAGAAAACAGCUAAUAAACUCAAAAGUUUUUUCGGCUCGCUAGAAACAUAUGGCAAAUAUAGGAAAUGUCAUGCCCCUGAUAAAAUCACUAAAAUUUAUAAACGAAAAGUGGUUAGGGAUUAUUUUUUCAAAGAAGAAAAAUCUCAAAAAAAUGUAUUAAACUGCUUCAUUAUCUAUGCUUUUGAAAUCGAGCUUUCGUAAACGCCUAAAAACCUUAUACGAUAAUAUUGAUCGGAGACAGUUUACGUCCUCGGAGGAUUACAGAAGAUGUGAUUAUGAAAGAAGAACAUCUAAUUAACUCCACAAGGGAAGAAUCGUGAAUUCCUUCCUUUUGUGGUACUAAAAGCGUGUUAAAUCAACAAAGCUCUUGUAUGGAUUGUUUAUGGAAUUGAAAAAGUAAACAUUUAAACAUGAUUCUGCGUAUUUCACGAAAGCAAUUUAAAUACAGCCAUUUCUUAUCUAUACAAUCCGUGAAUAUUUUCCGUACAGAGAUAUUCACAUUUUAUCACGAUUAUUCAUUAGAAAAAAUAUCUUUAGGAAUUUAUUGAUUUUGUACUUACCCCGAUACGCCUUUAGCUUCCAAAUAAGAUGCAUUAGCUGCCACUAAAUCACAUAAAGCGAGACAAGUUCAAGGUUGCCUUGAGAUAUUUAUGUUGUGCGAGAAGAGACAAGCCAACAAUCCCAACAAUAACAGCAAUUGAGAUUGAAACAGCAGAUCCCUCCUUCAGAGUUUGAUAUCUUGCUCCGCAACAGAUGCCGAAUUAUCGCUGUUUUGUGGGAGCGAGAUGCACCUUCGGCUCAGUCGUUGAUUGCCAACGAGCAGUGACAGUUUGGUAAAUUUCUUUGUCCAAACAAUCUCCUUCAGCAAAAUGCCUUCUUGCGGUCCUGGCUACGCUUCUCCAGAAGAUGCCAUAAAGAAUGGCCCUCGGGAGAAGCUUCUGUACGUGGUGACGGUGCAGCCGAAUCUGGAGGAUCCUCAGGGAGAUUAUUUGUCCACCGUGGACGUGGAUCCCGACAGUCCAACUUUCUGUCAAGUUAUCCAUCGCAAUUUCACAAAUCGCCCUGGAGAUGAGCUCCAUCACAUGGGCUGGAACACUUGCUCCAGCUGCCACCAGAAAGACUCCAAGGAUGCCAAGUGUCUGCCCAAGAGGAACAAGAUAAUCUUGCCCUGCCUCACCGGAGACUCAAUUUACGUUGUGAGCACGGAGCCAGAUGAAAGAGCACCAGAACUCUUCAAGGUCAUCGAUGGUGAGGAACUGCGCAAGGUUAAUUGCUGCGCUCCUCACACUACCCACUGCCUGGCCGAUGGGAACAUCAUGAUUUCCACCCUGGGAGAUGCUGAUGGCAAUGCCAAGGGAGACUUUGUCCUCCUGGACCCCAAAUUCAACUUAACCGGAACUUGGACUCGAGGAGAGAAAAAAGCUGCCUGUGGCUAUGAUUUCUGGUAUCAGCCGUACUUUGACGUCAUGGUGGCAUCUGAAUGGGGUGCUCCCAAACACUUCCGGCGCGGAUUCAAAGGCUCUGACCUCAAGGAAUAUGGCACUCAUCUGAAUUUCUACAAAUGGAGCACCCAUGAGCUCAAGUACUCCGUUGAUCUUGGCCAGGAGGGUGUCACUCCCCUCGAGAUUCGUUUCCUGCACAAUCCCAAACGUGCAGAAGGAUUUGUAGGAUGUGCUGUCUUCUCCAAGGUCUUCCGCUUCCACAAACCCGAUGAUUCUGAUAAGUUUGUCGUUGAGAAAGUGAUUGAUGUGCCAGCCAAGGUGCUCAGUCACGGUGAGCAACUCGAUGGGAUGAUGACAGACAUUCUUAUCUCAAUGGACGACAGAUUCCUCUACUUCAGCAACUGGAGACACGGAGAUGUACGUCAGUAUGAUAUCAGUGAUCCAGCUAAGCCCAAACUUACUGCUCAGAUCUUCCUCAAUGGCACCAUUGUGUCAGAUUCCGGUGUUGUUGUUGUGGAGGACAAAGAACUGUCCAAACAACCUGAUCCGGUGAUCAUUAAGGGCAGACGGCUCGAGGGAGGACCUCAGAUGCUUCAAUUGUCACUCGAUGGGAAGAGACUCUACGUCUCCUCCAGCUUGUAUUCACCAUGGGACAAGCAGUUCUAUCCCAAAAUGGUGAAGACUGGCGGGACAAUAGUGCAAUUGGACGUGGAUACAGUGAAUGGUGGUAUGAAGGUGAAUCCUAACUUUCUCGUGGAUUUUGGCAAUGAACCCAAUGGACCGAGUCUCCCCCAUGAAAUGCGCUAUCCUGGCGGUGAUUGCACAUCGGAUAUUUGGCUGCCACAGGAUUAAAAAGCUUCUCUGUCACAUGGUGAGGAAUUUCUAAGAGUAUCAACUUGCUCUCGUGUCUCCCCUUCUGUUUUUUUUUGGAAACUUCCUAGCUCAAGUGUAUAUGUGUGGAAAAACUUUUAUCCAGCAGCAUUUUUGCCACUCGAUAGAAGUACAACGAAACUUUUCUAUGGCUUCCUCACUUUCGCUCAUCUCUCUGUUCCCUUUGUCCUUUUAGCCUUUUUUUUUGUUCCAUCACAUUCCGUCACAGCGAUGUGUCCUUAAUGGAUAAACUUUCCCGUAGUUCAAUAAUCAAAUUAAAGCUCUGGCUUAAAACUUCUUCUUGAUCUAGUUCUUUUUCACGCAAUUGCUUCACUAAUAAAUCAUCACUUCUCUUCGCCAUCAAAUCUUUUCCUGUUUCUGCCCCAGAUUCCAAAAUACCCAAUUAUAGAAUCACUUUGUGUCUUUGAUGCCUGCCAAAGAAGAAAAGUCGUCAAUUUUAUAAUUCAAUCUCUAAUCUAAUGUCUUUUUAUUUCUGUGCUUUUCAUUCCAAUUAUUUUUUAGUUUACUUCAAGUUCAGUACUGUCCUAAGUUUUUUAACAGGAUUUAUCUCUUGUUUAUAUAAAGGAUUUUCACAA